CGGGACUCUCGACGCAUCAUGAAAGCCCCACAGCGGGCGGGCGGGCGGACCGACCAAAUGCUGGGGGCUAUGGGGGAUAUCCUGACAUCGCUGGCCCUACCCAGCCAACACUGGCUGCCAGAACUGUGUUCACAGGAAGAAGCUCAGAUGCAGUCCCAGCCUAGCAGCAGUGUUGAGGCUUCUGAGGACACCAGGGAGCAGCAUCACAUAGUGGAACCCCAGAAUGAAGGAACGGCAUCUGGAUCCACAGAGGCUCAAACCACGCAAGAGGAUCCCUACUCCAUUGCAGGCAGUGAUGGCAGCAUCUCGGCUUCCGUGGCUUCAGUCCAGCCACAGGCAUCCAGCAGCUCGGCUCCCAGCUCCCCUGCCUCCCGUCACUCAGUCAGCACCCUCAAGAAAUGGCUGACGAACCCUGUGCGCAAGCUGAGUGCUGGUGGGCUACCUCGGAGCGAACGGCCACUCAGGAAAACAGAGGGCCGGACCCGGCGACAUGGGCGGCAAGAGGACCGCAAGAGCAUCGACCUGGGCCUUCUGGGCCAAGGGGAGGGGCCCUUGGUUGGCCCACGGGCGUCGAUUGGCAUGGAUAGCAACACUCACCUCCCAGAUCUCUCCCUGCUGUCCAGCCUGCUCGAAGGAGACAGCUCAGGAAAAUCCACCCAGGCGCCCGGCCCUUCUGUGCUCCCCAGUGACCCCCAGAGCCCCAGGCCCAUGCCGUCAUCGGAACCUCCUGUGCAGCCCCCGGCCUCGAAGGAACAAGAAGAGGAGGAGAGGCGCAGUGCCUUAGAAAAGAGUAUGUUUGUUCUCAGGGAGUUGAUUGAAACCGAGAAGAUGUACGUGGAAGACCUGGGUCAAAUUGUGGAGGGCUAUAUGGCAACCAUGAAUGCCCGUGGCAUCCCCGAGGGCAUGAAGGGCAAGGACAAGAUUGUCUUUGGGAACAUCCAUCAGAUCUACGAAUGGCACAAAGAUUAUUUCCUUAAACAGCUGGAGAAGUGUCUGGAGGAUCCUGAUCUCUUAGCUGAGCUGUUCAUCAAGCAUGAACGCCGUUUGCACAUGUAUGUUGUUUACUGCCAGAACAAACCCAAAUCUGAGCAUAUUGUGUCAGAGUUUAUUGACACUUACUUUGAGGAGCUGAAGCAAGAACUCGGGCACCGCUUGCAGCUCAACGACUUGCUCAUCAAACCUGUCCAGCGGAUCAUGAAAUACCAACUGCUGCUCAAGGAUUUCCUGAAGUACUAUGGCAAAGCUGGCAAAGACACGCAACAGUUGGAGAAAGCUGUGGAAGUGAUGUGCUUUGUUCCCAAGCGCUGCAAUGACAUGAUGAAUGUGGGGCGUCUUCAGGGCUUUGAGGGGAAACUGACCGCACAGGGGAAGUUGCUGCAGCAGAACACUUUCUGGGUGAUGGAGCAAGCAAGUGGGAUCCUGGCCCGGGGCCGUGAGCGGCGCGUCUUUCUCUUUGAACAGAUUGUCAUUCUAAGCGAGACUUUGGAGCGGCGGCGUGGCCCAUAUGCUGCCCCAACUUAUGCCUUCAAAAGCAGUAUCAAGGUAAGCUGUUUGGGCCUGGAGCCCAGUGUGGACAACGACCCUUGCAAAUUUGCACUGAUCUCUCGUGGUGCCGAACGGGGCAACAUCCGUUACAUACUGCAGGCUGAAACGCCAGAGAUUGCCCAGGCCUGGGUAGCUGACAUCAGCCUCAUCUUGGAGACACAACGUGACUUCCUCAAUGCACUGCAGUCGCCCAUCGAGUACCAGCGUCGAGAGAGCAAAACCCACAGCCUGGGGCGGACGGGAGCCCUGCACCACUCACUGACCAGCGGAUCUCCCCGCCCUUCCUCCUCGGCCUCCAUGGACCAGAACAAGGGGUCCAGCCUCCAGCCCCACAACGCCUCCCUGCCUUCCCUUUACCUGCCUGGCCCAGGGCAAGCUGAGCAUUCACCUGCUGCUGAGCCACAGCCAUCUCGCAGCCAGAGCUCUCCAGGGUCUCGGCCAGGUCAUAUACCUUCUGAUGAGAAGCAGCUCCCCAGUGCCCCCCUGCAAGAGUCCUUGCACGAGGCACCAGGUGAUGAUGAUGCCAGGCCUCUGCUCCCUGAUGCUGAUUUUCCGGAGCUCAACUUCCCUCAAGGCUGUGCCCAACUUGCCAAACUCGAUGAGGAUGAGCUGUGACCCUUGGACUAUGCGUGGGGAACCUCUCUUGGGCCCAGGGACUUUGGCUGAGGAGGCCAUACUGAUUCAUCCCCUGCCCCUCCGUUCCAUCUCUCCUCGUGACAGCUUCAACGGGGGAGGCGGAGAGAGAUGCACAGCAGCAGCAGCAGCAGCAACAUAGUCCUGACAGAAACUAUUGCUGCCCUCUGGUCCUACUCUUAAUUCUCAGAUGUUUCCUGCCUACAAAAGAAGCAGGACGACACACACACCCCGUUUGAGACCAGAGAAUACUGCUGGAGGCCCUUCCCUUUCCCACAGACCCUUGUAUAUGCAUGUUGUGGGUUCUAAGGGGCUUCAGAUCAGGACUCUUGGAUGGGGAUUGGGGAGUCAGAAUCGGGUGGUGUGAAAUGAGAAGUUUUAUUUUGUUUGUUGUCAUAAUAAAGAUUUUAGUUAAAACAAA